AUGUCUACUCAGUUUUUCGCGAAAACUUCGACGGAAAUCAAUUUGUUCCAAGGAUACCCUUCGUUCGAUCAAUUGACGAGAGAUGAAGCUGAGAAGAUCCAAGUUUCUCUUCUGUCGCCAUGUGGUCGAUUCAUGGCUCUUUCUACAGCAGAAACUGUCCAAGUAUUCACAGGGGUAGAGUUCUCGCAUCUGCUGUUGAAUUUGACUCUCAAAGAUGUUUAUGACCUGCACUUUUCACCAUCUGGCAACUUUUUAAGCACUUGGGAAAGACCAUCACUCUCUGAACCAGAUCAUAAAAACGUAAAAAUCUGGGAACUGAACUUGGAAACGCCGCCAGAAUCGGCCAGAUACGCCUACCAAGCUAAAGUACAAAACGGAUGGGCUUUGCAAUUCAGUAAGCUCGACAAUUUCGCCCUAAAGCAGUUUGGUAAAGAAGUGAGAAUCGUGAAAAUAGACAUACACGAUGCCAAUGCUACGUUUAAUUUCGACAAGCCUUACAGCAAACUCGUACCAGAACAGCAUAUCUCCAGUUUUCUCAUUUCACCUUCGGAAUUCCCCACGAUUUGCACCUUUUCACCAGAAAAAUCGGGUAAGCCAGCUAUCUUGAGCAUAUACUCGAUCACGGAAGGCGUUUCUGACAAGAAAAUUGCAACCAAGACUUUUUUCAAGGCGGAUUCGUGUCAAUUGAAAUGGAACCUACAGGGCAACGCCGUCUUGUGCAUGGCGAUCACAGAUUUCGAUUCUUCAAACAAAUCGUAUUAUGGUGAAAACACUCUAUACCUUUUGUCCUUCCAAGGUGCUAACGGGACUUUGGGUGGUAAAUCUGUGCGUGUACCGCUGUCCAAAGAAGGUCCUAUUCAUGAUUUCACUUGGUCGCCGACAUCAAGACAAUUCGGUGUCAUAUACGGUUACAUGCCCGCCACCAUCACAUUUUUUGAUCUCAAGGGCAAUGUUGUGCAUUCUUUACCAGAGCAACCGAAAAACACCAUGCUUUUCUCGCCAUCUGGUAGGUAUAUUUUGAUAGCAGGUUUCGGAAAUCUACAGGGCUCGGUCGAGGUUCUAGACCGUCACGAUAAAUUCAAAUGCAUUACCAAAUUCGACGCUGCAAACACUUCAGUUUGUAAAUGGUCACCAGGGGGUGAGUUUAUCUUGACCGCAACUACUUCUCCAAGACUAAGAGUCGACAAUGGUCUCAAGAUUUGGCACGUAAGUGGUACCUUGUGUUUUGUGAAAGAAUACAAGGAACUACUGAAAGUGGACUGGAGACACCAUCUUUCUUCCAAGUUGGCUACGAGCCAUGUCCUCAAAAGCGGCGAGGACUCCAUUAGCGAGCCCUUCUCGGACCCCAAGCUGGGCAAGAUCGAGGUGCAGGUUCACUCUUCGGCUACCGAGUAUAUGGCCAAACGUCAAAAGAAUAGCUCCACCAAUGGAGCUGCCACCAAGCCAGCUGGAGCUUACAGACCGCCUCAUGCAAGAAGAGCAGGCGGUGCUCCAUCUGUUCCAGGUGCUGCCAUCAGACCGGCUAAGGCCAUUCCAGGCAUGAGCUCUGCCGUUCCCGGAGUUGCUGGGAAAGAGUCCAAGAGUGCGGCCAAGAACAAGAAAAAAAGAGAGAACAAGAAAGUUGAAGCUUCGCCAGGAGCAGGAGAAACAGCUUCUACCGAAGCCUCCACCGAGCCAGCCGCACAGCCCAUUGUAAACAAAGAGGCUUCGCCUGAAGAGAAAAAAAUCCGGUCACUUUUGAAAAAAUUGAGGGCCAUUGAAGCUCUUAAGCUCAAACAAGCAUCUGGUGAACCAUUGGAAGACACACAAAUUCUUAAGAUUCAAUCUGAAGAUAAAAUCUCCAACGAGCUCAAGUUUUUGGGUUGGAAGGACGACAAUGCCUAG